AACCUAACCUCACACUUCUCCACCGUCUUCUUCACAACUUCUCUCUUUCUCAAGUGCUUUUCCACAUUCUUCUUCUUCUUCGGAUGCUUCUCUCCCCUCUCUUUUCUCAUUUCUCCGCCGCCACAGAAUCCCGAAUCGGAGCGAUUUCCGGCGAUUGUUGUUAGGGUUUUCCGACAUGUUCGAAAUUUUCAGAAACAGCUCGGUCGAUUGGGAGCCGUCCCCGGUAGUAGCCCUAGCCACCAGCGUCGACGACUCUCAGGUCGCCGCCGCUCGCCAGGACGGAUCCGUCGAGAUUUGGCUCGUCUCUCCCGGCUCCGUCGGCUGGCACUGUCAGCUGACUAUUCACGGGGACCCCAAUUCGAGAGUCUCGUCGCUUGCGUGGUGUCGGGCUGGUUCGAAGGGACUGCCUUGCGGCCGGCUCUUAUCGUGCAGCAUCGAUGGCUCAGUUUCCGAGUGGGACAUUUUCCUCUUGAAGCAGAAGACCCUGUUAGAGACGAUUGGGGUUUCAAUCUGGCAAAUGGCCGUGGCACCCUGUAAUCAAUCCACAGAAACCACAUCCCGGAUGGGAAAUGGGCAUUUAAGUAAUAAUUUGAACGGCAGUACUCAUGGUGAAACUAGUGAAAGUGAAGACGAUUCUGAUUCUGAUUCCGAUGAGUUUUCUGAGCUGUCGGGUUUUGAUAAUCAACGGGUGGCAUUGGCUUGUGAUGAUGGUUCUGUGCGAAUAUACAUUUUGGUUGAAGAUGAUUUUGUUUACACUAGAUCGUUGCGUAGGGUCAGAGGACGCACUUUGAGUGUAACGUGGAGUCCUGACGCAAAAAUGAUAUUUUCAGGGAGUAGUGAUGGGUUAAUAAGAUGCUGGAAUCCUAUUUUGGGUAGUGAAAUCUAUCGGAUUACAGUAGGGCUAGGAGGUCUGGGUAGUGGAUCCGAGCUUUGUGUGUGGUCGUUACUUUCUCUGAGGUCCGGGACUCUUGUAAGUGCAGAUAGUACUGGUAGUGUUCAAUUUUGGGACAGUAAGCAUGGAACUCUUCUGCAGGGGCAUUCUUAUCACAAAGGCGAUGCCAAUUCUCUGGCAGCUGCUCCUGGACACAACAGGGUAUUUUCUGCGGGUUCAGAUGGUCAGGUUAUUCUAUAUAAGCUAUCUAGUGAGACAACACAAUCCGCUGAUGGUGAAUCUUCUAACGUAGUGAAGAAAUGGAUAUAUGUUGACAGUGUACGAAAGCAUACUCAUGAUGUCAGGGCUUUGACAGUGGCUGUGCCUAUCUAUCGAGAAGAUCCACUGCCAGAUCAAAAGGUAAAAAGAAUUCGAUGCAAGAAGAAGCCUAUUGAGUUGAGUUAUCACAAAUGGGCGCAUUCAGGUGUUCCCAUGCUUAUUUCUGCUGGUGACGACGCAAAGCUUUAUGCCUACUCAGCUAAGGAAUUCACAGAGUAUGCUCCACAUGACAUUUGCCCUGCACCUCAGAGAGUACCUAUUCAGCUGGUACUGAAUACUGUAUUCAAUCAAUCAUCGUUGCUUCUUGUUCAAGCUUCUUGUUGGUUGGAUAUCCUGUGUAUUCGGGUGAAGAAUGGUGCCUGUUCUAUUUCAGCUUCUGGCCCUGGUCCUUCUGGGGGCCUAGUGGCUACUGAUCUGCUGUUUCGAGUUAAGAGUAAAGCAUCUCGGAGAAUCAUUUGCAGCACCAUGUCUAAUUCAGGAAUGCUUUUUGCUUAUUCUGACCAUGCGAAACCUGCCCUAUUUGAGUUAAAGCGUAAAGGUGCUAAAACCGCUUGGACUCUUGAUAAAAGACUUCUUCCUCGAAAACUACCCUAUGCCCAUUCCAUGGUCUUUAGUUUUGAUUCUGCUCGGUUGAUGAUAGCUGGGCAUGAUAGAAGGAUUUAUGUUGUGGAUGUGGUCAGCUUAGAAACGAUACAUGUCUUCACCCCUUGCAAGGAGUUUCAUGAUGAGGAAUUACCUCCUAGUGAGCCUCCAAUCACAAAAAUGUUUACCAGUUCUGAUGGGCAGUGGUUAGCUGCCAUCAACUGCUUUGGAGAUGUAUAUGUUUUCAACUUGGAGAUAUGGAGACAACAUUGGUUUAUCUCAAGGUUGGAUGGUGCCUCUGUUACAGCAGGGGGGUUUUCACCACGGAAUAACAAUGUGCUUAUAGUCACAACCUCUUCAAAUCGGGUAUAUGCGUUGGAUGUGGAGGACAAGAAGUUGGGGGAUUGGUCAAGUCGACACACCGAUGUUCUGCCCAAGAGAUUCCAAGAAUUUCCUGGAGAAGUUAUUGGUCUUUCUUUCUCCCCUUCAUCAAGCUCAUUAUCGUCUGUUAUUGUUUAUAGUGCCAGUGCACUUUGCUGGAUCGACUUUGGGAUGCCAGUGGAUCAAGAGGAUGAAAGUGGCACGAUGAGCGGUCAGGAUACAGUGGCCAGGAAUUUAGAAGGUGAUCAUGUUAGCGGGAAGUUGAAACGUAAAUUACGGGACUAUCAAACUAAAAUAAUUGGUAGAAGGAAUUUUGAGUUUAUUAAUAAUGGCAAAGCUCCUAUUUUAUUUGUCGGACACCUUUCUAGAAAUUCAAUCUUGAUCAUGGAAAAACCGUGGAAGGAAGUUAUUAAAACAUUUGAAACCCAACCAGUAGACAGACAUAUUUUUGGGACAUAACUGUUGGUCGACGAAAAAUGGUGUUUACAGUCUUUGAGGGAGAUGCAGAAUUUGGCAAUCAAUCUCUUCUAUACUGGUGGAUAUCAAAACUUGCUCCAGUGUCUUGGGGAUCUGAAGCAGGUUGUGCAUUGUAAUGUAUCACAAUUUUCCUGUUAAUCAAUAUCAGAGAAAUUUUUGCUGUUAACCUGUUGAGAGUAGUUUACCUUUUUUGUUUUUUUUGGUCUUCCAUAAUUCUUUUGAGCCAGUUUCCAUGUUUGUUUGUAUACAUGAGUUGAUUAUUUUCUUAGUAAAAUUUUG